AUGGCCGACAUCCUAACCCAACUCCAAACCUGCCUGGACCAACUGGCAACCCAAUUCUACGCCACACUAGGCUACCUCUCAACAUACCAUGACAACAGCCCCGCGCUCCCGCCCCCCGACGUCCCCAAUGUCGUGCCCGCCCUAGCCAAGAUGACCAAGAACGAAACCUCGCCUCCAAUCCCAGCCUCACUCGCCGCAAAAGGCGACACAUCCGAAGCCGCCGGUCGCGCCUCUCCACCCGCACAACCACCACAACAACCUGGUGCCGCGGCGCCAGGCCUUGGACCACCGCUGGCGGGCGAAGACCCCAACCAGCCCCCACAGGCUGAUUCCCCGCGCACAUUCGCCAGUCGGCAGCGCGAGCUGGCCCGUGAUCUCAUUAUCAAGGAGCAGCAGAUCGAGUACUUGAUUUCGGUGUUGCCGGGCAUCGGGGCUUCGGAGGCGGAGCAGGAGGCUAGGAUUCGGGAGCUGGAGGUUCAGCUUAGGGAUGUGGAGAGGGAGAGGGAGGGGAAGGCUAGGGAGUUGAGGGGUUUGAAGAAGAAGUUGGAUGGUGUUCUUGGGGCUGUUUCUGUGGGCGUUUAUGCGGAGAGGGAGUAUCGGAAAUGA